CUGCUGGCCUGCACAAUUCAGAGCUCUGGCCCCGCAAGGCAUCCAUCUCGACCUGCUGCCCGCCAGAUAAGUCUUGGAGAAAUACCUCACUUGCCAGAAGAUCAGAUGACGGUUCUGGUGUUGUUGAGCGCCGCGGCCGUGGUCGUGGCCGCGGUGGAGCCAGCCAGCACUCCCGCCCCUGUUGCAGAUGGCGACACGAGCAAUGUGCUUCUUGGUAAAUCCGUAGUGUCCAGCCUCCUCAUCGCCACGGGCUUCAGCGAGGCGUGUGUGGCCGAGGCCCUGGACACCUGUGCGCCCGCCUCCGUGCAGCGCCCAACGCCGCCGACCCCGCUGGUGCAGGAGGCGAGGGAGCUGCUGCAGGAGGUGCGUCAAGUCGUGAGUCACUACGACAACCGCCCGCGUCACUGCAAGGACCUGCUGGACGGCGGGGACAGCGGCAAGGGCCUGCGCCACGUGUACCCCUUCCCUGGACAGCCCCAACGCCGCGCGGCGGUGUACUGCGACCAAUCGACUGACGGGGGAGGCUGGACGGUGUUUCAGAGACGCACCAACCUCACCGUCCGGGAAGAAUUCAACCGCAGCUUUGUAGAAUAUCAAUUGGGCUUCGGCCAUCUCGAGGGGGAGUUCUGGCUGGGCCUGGACCUCCUGCACGAACUGACAUCGGCGGCCCUUCAGGAACUGCGCAUCGACAUGGCAGAUUGGGACGACGUUCGACGGUAUGCAAAGUACGGCUUCUUCUACGUCGGCCCUCCAAGCACCGAUUACCGCCUCAGUGUUGCAAGCUGGGGUGGUCCGUGGUGGCACGUUGCAUGUGGUACAUCCAACCUGAACGGCUUCCAGCACGAGGGGACACACGCGGGAAACACCGGCAUCAACUGGGAUGCAUGGCGAGGGAGUAGCUACUCCUUGCGGCAGACCGCCAUGAUGACCCGACCAGCCUUCUGAACAGUCAUCAUGAUUCUGGGUUCAACGGUUGCCUGGGACACCUAUUUUGCUGGACAGUCUUCCAGCGCGGUAGUGUACGAUCUUACACACACCAGCAACAUCCUCUUUUUCAGCAGGCAACUCAAGGCAGGGCUGCCUGGCGCCUUCGAUAUGCACAGCCUCAGGCAGGGCCGGCCCGGGGCUGCUGGGGCCCGGGCAAGCCGAACUUUGCCUCCCUUACAAGUAUAAAACUGUAAAUGUAGAAUGGAGAUUUUAUUACGAUGUACAAGCUGAAUAAAACAGUUCAAGCACUG